UGUUAAGCGGUUUAACGUAUCCAGUUGAGUAUAAUAGAGUAUACUCUAACUGAGUUUGCUAGAGUAUAUGCUUCAGUACAUAGAUGUACUAUGACAUACUCGUAUGAUGUCAUAGCUGGAAUGUGCUCUAAGUAUAGACAAACUGAAUCCAAGUGUACUCAAUGUAUAAACAAAUGAAGUGCACUCGUAUGGUUAUCUCGGCAACAAGUCUAACAGUUGAAAAAAGAUGGAUCUAAAGGACAUUCAACGUUCGAGAAGCGAGGAACUGUCCUACAUUGACUUCCUUGAAUAUGCUCACGACGUCACGGCAAUCCAAGAACAAUUCCGGGCUUCAGUCCCUAGGGUGCGAUUGCGCGAUCGGCAGGAUCCAGUUGACUCUAUGCGAAACGUUGACUUCAUCCGGGAUCACGGCAUGUCAAAAUUCGCCUUCUGCCGCAUUCUCGAUCUAACGCGUGGUCAAUUGGAUCCCAAGCACGAAACCCCAAUUGCUGCUGUCCCUUCCGCUCAAAAACUGUCUUGUUUCUUAAGACUGUUGCGGACGGCCAGCAUACAUCGAUGUGUGGCUGGAAACAAGGACAUUCAGUUGUCUCCAUCAAUGGCUAGUCGAUUCAUCAAUCAGGUAGCUCUUGUAUUCGCCAAAAUGCAGACCGAGUAUGUGAAGUUUCCCGAUUGGUCCGAACAAUGCCAAAUUGCCCAUGAGAUCUCAGCCGAAUUCGGUUUUCCUCCUGUUGUUUGUGGCAUCAUUGAUGGAACUCACAUCGAGAUUCAAAAACCAAGAGUAAAGGACCCUGCUCCAGAGGAAUUCUUUAAACGGAAAGGGUACUAUUCAAUUAACAUGAUGUGUGUAGUGGACAACAGGAGGAAGAUCCGUUAUUUCACUUGUCGCCACGCUGGUUCCGCCCACGACGCAAAUAUCUUUGGAGAGUCAUCGCUGAGAGCCCACCUCUUAUCAGAAUUUCGUCCAGAUCAACCCUUGGCACUAUUGGGGGACGAAGCAGAUGGAGCAGAAGAUGUGAUGCUUCCACCCGUUCGUGCACAACAAUUAGCGUCCUCGCCCCCGCAUCUGCGUUGAAAAGUGGCAAACUACAACCGUUCCCACAAGAAGACCAGAGUUCAAGUAGAGCACGUAUUCGGUGUCCUAAAGAGCCGGUUUCCCGUCCUACUCAACAUCUUACGUAGCACCAAGAUGGCUAACAUCCAAGCUCUCAUUGCAUCUACAGUUGCGAUUCACAACAUCCUAAUUGAUCUGAAAGAUCCGAUGCCUGCACCAUUCCAGCCAGGGCACGAUUUUGACGUCGAGCUGGACGGCCUAAAUUUUCAAGAACUUUCCAACCAUUCAGGGGAGAAGUUCCGUUUACGAAAUUCUCUAAUUGAUCGAUUUUUCUAGGCUCUAAAAUCCCACCUCCAGCCUGCGAGAUAUAAAUUAUUCAUAAACUUACAUCAGUAAUGCCUUCUUCCAAAAUUGUUUUCCAGUUUACAAUCCGUUAAUUACUAAAUCCAAAAAUUAAACAGUACAUAGGAUCUCUAUACUUAUUCGAAAAUGUAUUGCCAGGUGGUCAUGGCC